AUGGCGAAGAAGGUUUACAGUCUCUUACCACUCCUCGGCACUGUUCUCAGUCUUCCUGCCAACGAAGUCCGAGCGACUGGAUCGUUAGACUCCUGGCUCGCGGCAGAAUCAAGUAUCGCAGUCAAUGGCGUCUUAAGCAAUAUCGGCUCCAUGGGAAGCAAAGUGUCUGGAGCGAAGUCCGGGAUCGUUGUCGCAUCGCCUUCUCAAUCGAACCCGGAUUACUUCUACACAUGGUAAGUAAGUGGAUAGGUGGGAGGCACGCACACCAAAAUCUCUCGCUUACGUCCUAUGCUCACUUUGCAGGACCAGAGAUGCCGCUUUGACGAUCAAAGCUCUUGUGGACCAGUUCCUUGCUGGAACUACUGGAUUGGAAGGGACCAUCCAGGACUAUAUCAACUCUCAAACGGUCGUACAGACAAUCCAGAACCCGAGCGGAGGGCUUUGCUCUGGCGGUUUGGGAGAACCGAAGUUCAAUGUUGACGAGACUUCUUUUACAGGUGCCUGGGGUCGUCCGCAGCGAGAUGGGCCCGCUCUCAGGGCCACUGCAAUGAUUGCUUAUGCCAGAUACCUUCUCUCGAUAGGUGGCACGGCAAAUGUGACCAACGUCAUCUGGCCGAUUGUACAGAACGAUCUAUCUUACGUUACACAGUACUGGAACCAAUCAGGCUUUGAUCUAUGGGAAGAGGUCAACAGUUCGUCCUUCUUCACCACCGCUACUCAAUAUCGCGCUCUUGUCGAAGGAUCUGCUCUAGCCUCUCAAAUUGGCAAGAGUUGCUCUAAUUGUGAUUCGCAAGCGCCUCAGGUCCUUUGCUUUUUGCAAUCUUACUGGACAGGCUCUUAUAUUCUUUCGAACACUGGAGGUGGUCGCAGUGGAAAGGACGCCAAUAGCCUCUUAGCUUCGAUUCACCUCUUCGAUCGCUCCACUGGAUGUGAUGCGAAUACGUUCCAGCCUUGCUCUGACAAAGCGUUGGCGAAUCACAAGGUCGUGACGGAUUCCUUUCGUUCGGUAUACUCUAUCAAUUCUGGAAUCCCAGAAGGCACUGGAGUUGCGGUGGGCAGAUACAGUGAAGAUCAGUACCAAGGCGGUAAUCCAUGGUGAGACAGGACGAGUUCAUCACGCACUUCUCGUUGCUUAUGGUAGACCAGGUAUCUUAACACCUUUGCCGCCGCGGAGCAGCUGUACGAUGCUGUCUAUACAUGGAACCAGACAGGCUCGAUCACGAUCACCUCCAUCUCACUGGCUUUCUUUCAGGCUAUCUACCCGUCUGCUUCUACCGGGACUUUUACCUCGUCUUCUGCUACUUUCACCUCAAUCAUCAACGCGGUCACUGCGUACGCCGAUAGCUAUAUGGCUAACGCACAACAGUACACGCCGAGCAGCGGCGCACUGGCAGAACAAUACUCUCGCAAUGACGGCACACCUCUGUCUGCGGGCGAUCUGACGUGGAGCUAUGCCGCUUUUCUGACUGCGUUCAACGCUCGGAAGGCCGCCAUGCCGGCCUCGUGGGGUGCCAGCUCCGCCAAACUUCCCAAUGUCUGUUCCGGCUCCUCUGCAAUGGGACCUUGCGCUACGGCUACCAAUACGUUUCCCCGACCUGGUAGUACCGGAACGCCAACAACCAGCACCGGAACGCCAACGACCACUUCUACUGGAGCGUGCACCGCUACGCCGACUUUGACCAAUGUGCUUUUCAAGGAAAUCGCUCAGACAACGUACGGGGAGAACGUUUACAUUGUUGGUAGUAUUUCACAAUUGGGAAACUGGGACACCAGUAAGGCCGUUGCGUUGAGCGCUAAUAACUACACGUCUACAAAUAACCUCUGGUAUGUCACGCUGGCUCUGCCAGUGGGCACUAACUUCCAGUAUAAAUACAUCAGGAAAGAGACGGAUGGCUCGAUUCGUUGGGAGAGCGAUCCGAACCGGCAGUACACGGUGCCUGGCAACUGUGCUGGCUCGGCUACGGAGAGUGAUACUUGGAGAUGA